UCAGUUCAGUCCGUGUGGAUAAGAAGAGCGACCGAACGACCAAAGAAAUUAAAUCCCCAUCGCAUCUUCCUAUCCACGCCCGAGACAGUUCCAGGCGGAGCGCUCAACGGCCGGCCGGCUGGCCACGAGCACGCAUGCGCCGCAGCGGCGAUCACUGGCGGCGAGAGGCGCACCCGCUAUGCUCGUCCUCGUCCGAGGUUUGCCAGGGAGCUGCGUCCCGGGCGCGACGCCGUUCGCGAGUCCCAGCGCGGCCGGGCUCCACGAGCCGGCACGGCGACCGCGUCUGCCCGAGGGCGAGGCCGCCGCCGAGCUAGGCGGGAGGCCGCGGGUCACGAGAGGGUCGGCGAAGGCGACGGUGUCGCGGGAGUAGGCGAGGGCAGAGGCGAGGCAGCCGUGUUCACAUCCACGGCCGUGAAGCCGAUGGAUGCAUGCGACGCGCCGGCCUGCGUACCGUCGGCAGCGGCCAUUGAGGAGUCGCUCGUGCCGUUCCCUGGAGUCAGAGCAGCCAUCACAGACGUGACGGGUUCGACGUGCAGCCUCGGGGCUGCCAGACCGGCGAGGAGCCAAUCCUCUACCGCCGGCACCAGGGGCGCGACGUCCGGCCCAAGGUCCUGCACCGGCAGGGGCACGGGCGCCUACUCGGCCGUCACAAGGUUUUGCACCGGCACCCUCGCGGCGCCGUUCCGGUGGCGAUGAGGAAAACCACGGAAGCCUCGGUAGCCUCCUGCUCCAUGGCGGCGGCCAAGGUAGCGGCCUGGUCCGCCGUAGCGACGGCCGUCGUGUCGAUGGGCAGAGACGCGUUACAGACAGCGAAAAAGCAACUCUUUUCUCACCUUUGUAGAUGUUUUUGUUCCGGCGAGACUCGCUCAACGGCGAGCGUGCUGAUAACGUAUUGAAUGUGAAUGUAAACGAAACAAGAGCGAGAGCAAAUGAUUCAACUGUUGUUUCAA